CGAAGAGACACUGAGACCACAAGAUCCGACUCGGACACCAUCAAUCACUCCAAAGUCGUCUUCAGAUGCUUACAGUUAACUACGCCUCCACGUCCAUAUCGUAAUAUCCGGCUGAUGCAUCCCUGGGGUCACUCAAUCUCCGAACUCGAAUCAGAUGUUCUUCGGCCGAUCAAACCGUUUUUGACCCAAAGGACCACCGCGAUUUUAUAAUAACCGAGCAAAUGGCAGGCAGUUUCUUCAUCACCUAUCAUGGUCUCUUCUGUGGAAAAAUUCUCCGCCGAAACCGCCCACGACGAGCUGGCAAACAAUGACAUCGACGAGCGCAAAUUACUGCUCAAAAUUGAUCUGCAUGUGCUCCCGUAUAUCUGUGUGAUGUAUACCCUCGCUUUUCUGGACCGCGUGAACAUUUCGAAUGCGGUAUUGUUCGGACUCAAGGACGACUUGAAGCUCGUCGGGAAUCAGUAUAGCACCGCCCUUGUCAUCUUCUUCGUUCCGUACAUCCUGUGCGAGAUACCCUCGAAUAUCUUGCUGAAGAAGCUGAAACCGCACAUCUGGCUGUCUAUAUGCAUGACUUUGUUCGGUCUCGUCACCAUGCUGCAAGGAUUCGUCCAGAACUUUGGCGGUCUCAUGGCGACGCGGUGGUUUCUUGGGGUCUUUGAAGCGGGCAUGUUUCCGGGAUGCUUUUACCUCUUGGCAAUGUGGUAUCGCAGAGAAGAGUCACAGAAGCGGUAUACGUUCUUUUUCUGCUCGACGACUUUGGCUGGUGCGUUCGGUGGGUUGUUAGCCAGCGCCAUUGGGAAAAUGGAUGGUGUAAGGGGUUAUGGUGGGUGGAGAUGGGUGUUCAUCCUAGAGGGUCUUGCCACGGCUCUUUUCGGUAUUGCGUGGUUCUUCUUGUUACCUGAUUUCCCCGAAGAGGCGGAAUUCCUGAGCAAGGAGGAGCGCGAGUUUGUCAAGAAGCGUCUGGCUGCCGACGUUGGUGCAUCCGCUCAUCAAGAGAAGGCAACAUGGCGCGAUAAUCUAGCAGUUUUGACAGACUACAAGAUUAUCAUUGGGGGCUUCGCAUAUUUUGGCCUCAUUGUUCCGGCGUACGGAUACGCUUAUUUUGCACCAACGAUCAUUAAUCAAUUAGGAUACGGAACUAUUCAAUCUCAGCUACAUUCCGUUCCACCAUGGGCGGCUGCGUUCGGCUUUGCUAUGGCACUGGCCUUUAUUUCUGACCGUUUACGCCACCGAUGGUUCUUUACCUUCAUCUCCGCUGCUGUCUGUCUCAUCGGUUUCGCCAUAUUGUUGUCAGACCCGACGCGGCACAGUAUCAAGUACGGCGCACUCUUUCUUGCCGCAUCAGGUGCUUAUACUUCAAUGCCUAUCAUCAUCGGGUGGUUCAACACCAAUUUGGCGGGCCACACACGACGCGCUGUGGGUUCGGCGUGGCAGGUUUCCUUUGGUAACAUUGGAGGUAUCAUUGCCUCUUUCUCAUUUCCGACGGGGGAUGGCCCGAAAUACACGAAGGGAUAUGCGAUUUGCCUGGCGUUUGUGUGCUUGAGCAUGGUAUCAAGUGCGGCCUAUUUCGUUGCGAUCAUGGUCGAGAAUAGAAGAAGAGCGAGAAGUAUGCCGCCGGAAGUUACAGAGAAGGAGAGAGAAAGGCUUGGAGACCUCAAUUAUGACUAUCGAUACAUGUAUUGAGCUGAGUACCUAGAAUGUCGGGAUGCAACUGCAAUACUAUCUUGAGCAGUAUCCUCC